AUACCUACUUGCAAGCGUGGAAAGGCAGAAGGAUGACUAAUAAGCACCACGCCCGUUGACAAGAAAAGUGUCUUAUUUGAUCCGCAACUUCCGUGUCCUUCUGCCUGAUACCUAAAGUAUCAAAGGCCGGCCAUGGAACAGUACUUGAAGCUCAUUCCUUCCAAUGCAUCGUUACUCUCUGCCUACUCAUCUAUCUCAACAUCCUGGGUACUCUUCAAGACUGCUUAUAAUCAGGUCAUACCAAAACAGCUUCAAGAUUAUGCAGUCUCAAAAUUCAAGUCCUGCUUCUAUCAUAACCCAUCUUUUGCCACUUUCAUCAUCGAAGACAUGUGGUGUGGACUUGGCCGUAAUCAGCUUUAUGAUGCUGCAAGAGCUUACUUAUCUACCAAGAUUGGACCCGAGAAUCGUAAAAUCAAAAUUGGCAAGUUAGAGCAGCACAAGAAUGUGUCUGCUGCCAUUGUAGGAGGAGGAAAGAUUGUAGAUGUAUUCCAGGACAUAACCAUUACAUGGUGGUGUGUCCAAGAAGAAGAAGGCACCACCCGUACCAACACCAAGAUAAGCAAAGCCACAGAUAAUCUGGUAAUCCCUCCUCAGGCUCCUAGUACAAGUGCUUAUAAGAUAACUUUCGAUAACAAAUAUCGGGCAAUAGUUCAGAAUGAUUAUUUGAUCCAUGUUUUGAACACUUACAAGGCCUUGAUACAAAAGGAAAAGGUUUUGAAGCUGUACACUCGGCUUGAUAAAUAUGAAGGUGAAAGAUGGAAAUCUGUUGAUUUUCGGCAUCCUGCCACGUUUGAUACCCUUGCAAUGAAUCUAGAAUUGAAGAAAGCAAUAAUAGAUGAUCUUGACAGGUUCUUGGCAAGAAAAGACUUUUACAAGAGAGUUGGCAAGGCUUGGAAGCGUGGAUAUCUUCUGUAUGGUCCUCCUGGAACUGGGAAAUCAAGCCUAAUUGCAGCCAUGGCUAAUUACUUAAACUUUGAUAUUUAUGAUUUGGAGCUUUCCAGUGUCUUUUCUAAUGUUGAGCUAAGAAGGCUGUUGUUAAAUACAACUAAUCGAUCAAUACUCGUUGUUGAAGAUAUAGAUUGUCAUUCAGAGGUGCGAGAUCGAUCCAAAAUUAUGAAAGAAGAACAACUUAACCCCAAGAAAUAUCCCAAGGCAUUCACACUCUCAACUCUGCUAAAUUGCAUCGAUGGAUUAUGGUCGAGCUCUGGAGAAGCACGAAUCAUUGUGUUCACUACUAAUCACAAAGAAGUUUUGGACCCUGCAUUACUUCGUCCUGGGCGAAUGGAUAUGCACAUUCACAUGUCCUACUGCACUACUCAAGGCUUCAGAGUUUUGGCCUUGAACUAUCUUGGAAUUCAUGACCACAAACUCUACCAAGAAAUUGAUGGAUUAGUGGAGAGUACAAAGGUUACCCCUGCUUCUUUAGCUGAGGAGCUAAUAAAGAGUGAUGAUGCUGAUGUUGCACUUGGAGAAGUUGUCAAUUUCCUUAAGCGGAAAAAGAGGGAAGAAGAUCAAAUCGAAGAGGAAAGUAAAAGGCAGAGGACUGUUUGAGAGCAAAUAUAUUAGAAUGUGUACCUUUUGGUCAUGAUGCUUUAGAUAUUGAACGAUAUGCAGAAACUUUACUUUUUAUAAAUUAAUUUGCUUCCUUGCAAAA